AUGUUCGAUGAUACCAAUAUUUUACGUAGCAGGUUCAAGAAUUCUUCUUCUGAACAUGAUACAAAUAGUACUUUACAAAAUACGAGUUCUUUACGUCGCAAAGAUAUGGAAUGCCUGAAAGUUAUUAUAGAUGCUACAACCUUACAGAAUACUGUGGUUGGAGUUAAUAUGUCUGAAAUGACUUCAGGACUUAAAGAUUCAGGCGUAAGAAACAAAUUUCUUGUUCAGCAAGAUAAGGCACUACUACCACAUAAAGAUAAUAAGGGACCUCGAAAACAGGAAUUGGAAUUAGAUAUAAACGAUUUAUUCGAGUAUGAUGUUGACAACAGUUUUCGAAAAAAUGAACAAAAUGAACAAGAAUCAAUUCUUGGAGAUGCUGUUGAGGAAUUAAAUGAAAUAAUCUCUAAUUCACGAUUUUUAUACACAUCUUCAAAGGGCAAAAAUGAUGAUAUCACCUUAUCUUCACCUGCUUGGGUACCUUCUCAGGUUUGGAUGAAUUACGCUAGUGUUGGAGAGGAAUUUAAACAAGGAAUAUCAUCAUCUCCAAUCUUAAGACCCCAAAAUCCAAUUCCUUAUCAUGAGUCCUUUAUGAAUCAUGAUGACAGUGCUGAAAAUGAUACAUUGUUUCCUCGAUCAAAUAUUUCUUCUGGAACAAAAUUGACUAAUCCGGAUUCACUGAAAAAUGACCUUUCAUUCAAGGAACGUGGAUUUUCGCAUUUCAAUAGCAUCUAA